AUGAUGUCUUAUAGAAACUCAAUGGUCGCCAAGAGCGCCGCAAAGAGAACGUUUGCUUCAAUUGCCACGACUGAAAAGGUUCUGCCAAAGAAGUACGGUGGUCGUUUUGUCGUUACUUUGAUACCUGGUGAUGGUGUUGGUAAAGAAAUCACAGAUUCUGUUGUGUCGAUUUUUGAAGCUGAAAAUUUACCAAUUGAUUGGGACAGAGUUGAUAUCUCCGGGGUAGACCGCAAGGAGGACGUCAAAGCGGCUGUUGACUCUUUGAAAAGAAACAAGAUUGGUCUGAAGGGUAUAUGGCACACAAAUGCAGCAGACCAAGCCGGGGGCGGGUCUUUGAAUGUUGCUUUGAGAAAGGAAUUGGACAUAUACGCUAAUGUCGCCCUAUUCAAAUCUAUCGAAGGUGUCAAGACAAGGAUCCCAAAUGUGGAUUUGGUGGUUAUCAGGGAGAACACUGAAGGUGAAUAUUCCGGCUUGGAACACGAGUCCGUUCCAGGUGUGGUAGAGUCUUUGAAAAUUAUGACCAAGGCAAAGACUGAGAGAAUUGCGAGAUUUGCCUUUGAUUUUGCCAAAAAGUACAACAGAAAGGCGGUAACCGCUGUCCAUAAGGCAAACAUCAUGAAAUUAGGUGAUGGUCUAUUCAGAAAUACAGUUACAAGAAUUGGGGAGGGAGAAUACCCAGAUGUUAAAGUUGAUUCCAUCAUUGUUGAUAAUGCUUCAAUGCAAACUGUUGCCAAACCCCAUCAAUUUGACGUUUUAGUUACACCCUCCAUGUAUGGUACCAUUCUGGGUAACAUCGGCGCUGCUUUGAUUGGAGGCCCAGGUUUAGUCGCCGGUGCCAAUUUUGGCAGAGAAUAUGCAGUUUUUGAGCCCGGUUCAAGGCAUGUUGGUUUAGAUAUCAAGGGCCAAAAUAUCGCAAACCCCACUGCUAUGAUUCUAUCAGCUGCGCUUAUGUUGAAUCACCUAGGCUUGGAAACAUCUUCCGCUAGAAUUUCAAAAGCCGUUCAUGAAGUUAUCGCCGAGGGUAAAUCCACCACCAAGGAUAUCGGUGGCUCUUCCUCAACAACAGAUUUUACGAAGGCUGUUAUCGAAAAGUUAUCUUCCUACAAAUGA